AGUCGGGCCUCGCGCAGGGGCAGCAGAAAACAAUAGAGGCCGAGCGCGCUGAGCAAGCGCCCCCAGCCUCCCCGCCCCUCUCGCAACGCUCAACUCCGGGAACCACCCCCCGCGUCCCCCCCGCGCUCUCGCCUGUCCGCCAUGGCCGACAAGGAAGCAGCCUUUGAUGACGCAGUGGAAGAACGUGUGAUCAACGAGGAGUACAAAAUAUGGAAAAAGAACACUCCUUUUCUUUAUGAUUUGGUCAUGACCCAUGCUCUGGAGUGGCCCAGCCUCACUGCACAGUGGCUUCCAGAUGUAACCAGACCAGAAGGAAAAGAUUUCAGCAUUCAUCGACUUGUCCUGGGGACACACACUUCAGAUGAACAAAACCACCUUGUAAUAGCCAGUGUGCAGCUCCCUAAUGAUGAUGCUCAGUUUGAUGCAUCACACUACGACAGUGAGAAAGGAGAAUUUGGAGGUUUUGGCUCAGUUAGUGGAAAAAUUGAAAUAGAAAUCAAGAUCAACCAUGAAGGAGAAGUGAACAGGGCCCGUUAUAUGCCCCAGAACCCUUGCAUCAUUGCAACAAAGACUCCAUCCAGUGAUGUUCUUGUUUUUGACUACACGAAACACCCUUCUAAACCAGACCCUUCUGGAGAGUGCAACCCAGACUUGCGUCUCCGUGGACAUCAGAAAGAAGGCUAUGGGCUUUCUUGGAACCCAAAUCUCAGCGGGCACUUACUUAGUGCUUCAGAUGACCAUACCAUCUGCUUAUGGGACAUCAGUGCCGUUCCAAAGGAAGGAAAAGUGGUAGAUGCGAAGACCAUCUUUACAGGGCACACAGCUGUAGUAGAGGAUGUUUCCUGGCAUCUACUCCAUGAGUCUCUGUUUGGGUCAGUUGCUGAUGAUCAGAAGCUUAUGAUCUGGGAUACUCGUUCAAACAAUACUUCCAAACCAAGCCACUCAGUUGAUGCUCACACUGCUGAAGUGAACUGCCUCUCUUUCAAUCCUUACAGUGAGUUCAUUCUUGCCACAGGAUCAGCUGACAAGACUGUUGCCUUGUGGGAUCUGAGAAAUCUGAAACUCAAGUUGCAUUCCUUUGAAUCACAUAAGGAUGAAAUAUUCCAGGUUCAGUGGUCACCACACAAUGAAACUAUUUUGGCUUCCAGUGGCACGGAUCGUAGACUGAAUGUCUGGGAUUUAAGUAAAAUUGGAGAGGAACAAUCGCCAGAAGAUGCAGAAGAUGGGCCACCAGAGUUGUUGUUUAUUCAUGGUGGUCACACUGCCAAGAUAUCUGAUUUCUCCUGGAAUCCCAAUGAACCUUGGGUGAUUUGUUCUGUAUCAGAAGACAAUAUCAUGCAAGUGUGGCAGAUGGCAGAGAACAUUUAUAAUGAUGAAGACCCUGAAGGAAGUGUGGAUCCAGAAGGACAAGGAUCCUAGAUAUGUCUGCACUUGUGAUUUUAAACUCCCCUUUUUUCCCUCUCAAUCCUGAGAUUGAUUUAACACUGGUUUUGAGACACAGACUUUGUUUGGCUAUCCCUCUAUAAUUGCCAUCAACAAAUGCUAUUAGCCCAGACAUUGGGUGUUUUUCUAAAUAUUAACUGGGGGACUUGAUUCAGCAAAGCCACAAACUUAUAUUUAAAUUUUCUUCAGGAAUUUUCUAGAAUCAAACCCAGGUCUGAAGAAGACACAGAAAGGGGAAUAUAGUUGUGUGGUUGUUUUUCUUAUGCUAUAUUCCCAAGUUUUUCAGACUCAUUUCAGGUUAGAGUGGAUAAUGAAUAGAGCCAUGUUGGGUAGGCGUCUGAGCCAUGAAGUAUAAUACUGCAGAUGUGUUUAUUCAGGAAAUAGGGGAGAGAUUCAAGUCAUAUAGAUUCCUACUCUAAAAUCAUCAUACCUAACUUUCCAGGAUGCACAUUUUCCUAUAUAGACCAGUCUCAGUUUCUUCAGUUAAGUCAAAACUAUUUUAUGUGUUCCUCUUUCCCCAUAUAUUUUUGCUCGUUAGUGUAUUUCUUGAGCUGUUUCAUAUUAUUUCUUUCCUUUCUGUGAAAUGGUUGUUUUUUAAACUUGGGACCACCAAGUUGUAAAGAUGUAUGUUUUUACCUGACAGUUAUACCACAGGUAGACUGUCCAGUUAAGUUGAGAAGAAUGACUUGAUAGCGGAUACUCGUUUUUAAAAUUAAAUUAAUCCUGGAUAAGAGUUUGCUUUUUUUUUUAGGAGUUAGUCCUUGACCACUAGUUUGGUACCAUGUCCUUUUUGGUGACCUGUUUCACCAGCAGGCCUGUUAUUCUCCAUGACUAACUGUGCAAGUGCUUAUAAUGGAAUAAAUUGCUUUUCUACAUAACUCCAUGCUCAUGGGUCUUAUUUAGUACGUAACGUCCAUCCAACACAGUAUCUGGCUUGUAGAACAGUUGUUCGGAUGGCAGUUAUUUUCCAUGGUCUUUGACUACCGAGAGCAGAGUUAAAUGUAAUGGACCCAGAACUAUGGAAAAGAGCUUUCUUUACUUCUUCCCAGGGAGAGUGAAAGACCUAAAACACUGAGUCAGAGGUGCAUGGAUUAUUCUUUGAUAAAUUACAUCUCUCUGAAGUCUAUUACCCAUCCUUCUCUAAAUAACUACUUGGGCUUUUUGUAAAAUGUCAAAGGCAGUGUGGCAGAGAGAAUUUAAGGCAAAGUUUAAAUUUGGAAAAGGAGUUUGAACCUUUUCUUUUGGAGGCUGAAUCUCCCCAGUAUGUUUUCUCCUGGGGUCUGUACUUAGAGGUUAGAAAUAACAGGCUCUGAAAGCCUUCAUCACUAAGUGCCAUAACCAAAUAAAAUGCCUGAUUUUCUUUGCCAGUCACUCAGUUUUUGUUUGUUUUGUUUUUUUGACUGAGUAGAUCAACUUGACCCAAAACUAUUUUCUUGAGGAAAGAUCUUUGGGAAAAUCUUAAUUAACCUUUAGGUUAAAAUCUAAAUUGGUUUCUUUUCCAAAUCAUGUAGGUGUUCUGGAGUAAGGUGAAAUUAACUUGACACAAAGAAUAAACCAUAUAAGGCAGAAAAACCUUUAAGAAAGAGUAAACUUUGUAUAAGUAUUUGUUUAGAGGCUAACACUCAUCGCACAAGAAUGCAAAAUUGUAACCCAGGUAAUGACAGUUGCUGCUUUUUUGACCUGUCUGUGCCCCCUUCCCUCCAAAAUGUUUUUGGUUUGGGUCAACAUAAGCAAGAUACAUUCUUGCAACACUGCAAGGUGUGCCCAACACAUUCCUCCUUGGCGGCACGUGAGGGUUCUGCUGGAAGUUAGGAGGCUGGGCUUUCCAUUCCUUAGUGUGUUGAGAUCAGUACCAUCCAGCCUAUGAACUAGAAUCCAGCUAAGGGUGGCCAGUGUUCUACUACCGGCCAGCCCUAGAGUCUUUUAACAGGUCAACCAAUAUUGUGACUUUUACAGGAUGAAUUGCUUGCCAAGUUCCUGGCAGUCCCUUGUCUGAAAGAAAGUAUGUCCAAAGAAUACUUAGUGAUCCUUUGCUAAUAAGUUUUUUUUGUUUGUUUCUGGGGUACAGAUUUGGCCGUACGUUUCUAAACAGCCCCUGUAAGGUUGGGAAAAAAAGAUUAAGUUUAUACUUUGUACAACUUGAAAUAACAGUAGAAAAUUUAUAACAUUAAACCUCAAAAAUCUAGUUAGUGCCACUUGGGAGAAGUUGGUCAAAACAAUGAACGGUAACCAACGUGAUUGUGGUGGGAGGCAGCUAACUGAAAAUUCUCUGCCAGAGUUAACUUUACCCAAGUAUUAUUACAAUGCCUAGAAUUCUGUAGUGUUAUUCUUUGGAUUAAUCAUUCCCUUUUCCCUAUUUUACUUCUCAUCUGAUCCACACAAGGUGUUUAGCCUGUCAUUUUCCUUAAUGACAACAUAAUGUAAUUUAGUUGUGUCUGGAUAAAACAGUAAAAGUCCUAGUAAGUUAAAAAAAAAAAACCAGAACAUGAGUUAUAAUAGUUGUUUAUGAAUUUGUAUCCAAGAUGUAAAUUUAACUAGGAAGUUAAUAAGAUUUAUG